AUGGCUGUAAGCUUGGAAAACAUCAACUUCUACCGUCCCCCUUCCCUUCCUGUACGCCCCACAAAGAGCACAUAUCCUCCAGAUUGUCAGACUCCGGUUCCCCUUAACGCCUCAAACCGUGUCUAUCCCAACUCUCCCACUCGUGCAAACUGCCUCCCUACCUCAGCACCACAGCCGACCUUGCACUGUCCACUUCCCCCCCGUCCUCCAGUGAGCAUCCCUUCAAGUAAGCCGUCAUGGCCAGUGAAUACCCUCCUUCUCUCAAAUAAUCCUGUAUAUCCCAACGAUUUCGACCGAGCGAUGCAAGAUCUGCCUGAACCUGGAGGCGCUUGCAUUAAGGUUGAAGACCAAAAGGGAGAGUCACGAGAGCAUUCGGCCGAGCUCCCAGGCAGAGAAACCAAUGACGACGGUCAGUCGCACGCAACAACACCCUCUAGCGAAAUUUCUCCAAGUACAGCGACAGCGAGCUCCACGUCGCCAACACCAACCAGAGAAUCGCUCACAGAAUCAACAAGUACUGGUCUCAUGCGACCGCGGAACUGCGGUGAUACAGAAGUCGAGGACCGGACCAGGAAUGUCGCAUCAACGUUCCGUAUUAGUCCUACGCCAAACCCUUUGACAUUCGAAACGCCCGUCUCAAAACCUGUCGCCACGAACGUUAAUUCGACCGAUUUGGACACAGCAUCAUUAGCACAAAGCCCGCCUCCCGUACAGUUAGAACGACAAACAUUAAAAGAUCCGCCCAUGAGCGUUGCCCAGGACAGUCAACAUCACGACUCUCGUGUUGAAAACGGCUUGCAUAAUGGAUGCAUUGUUCAGCAGGAUGAUUCUCUCGCCACGAGGCAUAGCACAACAUGCGAAUCUAAAGAAUCGGCAACCGUGCAAAGCGGCCAGUCAAUACGUGCCUCAAGUUCGCCUCCUCCUAUAGCGGUAGUUAUACCAGCUCCAUCUCAUCGCCUUAUCACAUCCUCCAAACGAUCGUUACCCACUCGCAACCAGUCUGUCCGCGGAACCCCGAUGCUCGAGGACGGCAACUAUUCGGACUCCGUCCCGUCAGACGACGAGGACGAUGCGGACUACGUUGACGAGGAACAGUUACCCCCCUCAAAGCGCCGCAGGAGGAGCAAAUAUCCAUCGCCACCUCGGAGAUUGACGCGACUACCUGCUAAGACUUCUCAAAGUGAGCCAGCGCGACGGAUUUCCGGCCUAGAGACUGAGUCCAUUCCUAUCCAAGGUUUUCUCAGACUGCGGCAAUCUGGAUCCGAGAUCACCUACUGUUUAGAAUUCUCGCAAACUCAUUUCUCGUCUUUGUUUGCCGCUAGACAUAAGGAUAAGCCUUCUCAGUCGACUCAGCGAACUGGAAAUUCUACAACGAGGGUUCGAUACUCUCCAGAGGAAAAUGCAUUGAUUGUCGAGCUAGGGGAGAAAAAUCUGAGCUGGGAUGUAAUUGAGGGUAAAUUUGCAGAACAGUAUCCGUACCGGAGCAAAUCGGUGUUGCAGGUGCAAUACAGUAAACUAAAACGAUUGUCAAAGCGACAAGUGUAG